AUGGUUGACGACCAACAGACGCCAGAUGGGGGGUCGCCGACACAGCCUGCGUCACUGAGCACUCGCGAGAGGAAUCUGGACAAGAUAGUAGCUCAAAAUGACGACAUUAGCAAGCGACUCAUGGACGUCUUGGGCAGAAUAGAAUCUAUUGAAAAAGCGUUGGAGACUCAGACUGGUAAAGGCGGUACUAUAUUUGCGAAGUUAGAUCACCACGGGAAAACAGUCGACGCAAUAGGCACCGCCAUGAACCACCUGUCAGCAAAGUAUGAUGAAGUUCUGCGAAGAUUAGACACACAAAGCGCUACAAUAACAGAACUAACAAAGAGGACGGGCGAACUAGAAGCAAGGGUGGCGGAGCAGGAUGUUCAAAUUCGAGACCUGAAAACAGCAGUAGAUAACGCAGAACAGUACUCCAGGCGGAAAAACGUAGAGAUCCAUGGAAUCGUACAGCAACCCAACGAGAAUGUAUUAGGCGUUCUCAAAUACCUAGUUGCCAAACUCGACCUUCCGCAACCAGGCACAGAGGACAUUGAGGCUGCCCACCGACUUAGGUCGAGGGAAAGGAAAAUACCACCGGUUCUUAUCGGGUUUGCGGAAAGAAAAACGAGGGACCUGUGGAUGACGAAGCGAGUGACACUAAGAAAUGAAAAUAUUUACAUUAACGAUAAUUUAACCAAAACACUGAAAGGUCUACUUUGGCAAACUAGGGAAUGUGCAAGAGCAAAGGCGUACAAGUUUGUGUGGAUGAGAAAUGGCAAGAUUUUCGUA